AUGGAGAUUUACUCAUCCAGAUUGAACUCUUGGAAACCCAUUCAAGUCCGUGAGCACGACCCACCGUGCUCUUUCAGAAGCCCCACCACCAAUAGCAUGGGGGCCCUUUUAAAUGAAGCACUGCAUUGGUUCUACCGCAAAGUCGGUGAGGAGGAGCCAACGAUCCUUGCUUUUGAUCUGGCAAAGGAGGAGUUCAGGGAAGUUCCAUUCCCCACUUUUGAUGGUGAUGCCGAUGAUGUUGAUGUUCAUGACAUGGGGGUUCAAGUAGUUUCAAGAGGAGGAGGAGAAUGCCUCUGUGUUUCGAUUGCUAGGAGACGUGGUGGUGUUAAUUUCAUGGAAUUCUGGGUUAUGAGAGAAUAUGGGGUGCGUGAAUCUUGGACUAUGCUCUUCAAAUUUAACACGGAUCAUGUAUCUGAAUCGGUGGGUGGGAAUUUGCAUGGUUAUGAAGCCAUUUUCGUUACCGAAGGUGGUACAGUUGUAUUCAGGUUGAGGUUUAGGGACAGGUUGGUAAGGAUUGAAUGCCGCAGAGAAGCAGAGCCGGUUUGCAGUACCCCAUUUAACGUUAAUGAUGGGGAUGGACCUGUGUACAACGUGAUUGCAUACAAUGAAACUCUGUUUUCGGUACCUAAACUCGGGUAA